AUGGGCGCCAAUAUGUCGAAAGCACUCGCCAAACUAUUUGGCAAUAAGGAAAUGCGAAUUCUCAUGCUUGGUCUCGAUGCCGCUGGCAAAACCACCAUCCUUUAUAAGCUCAAAUUGAACCAAUCGGUUACGACUAUUCCUACUGUUGGCUUUAACGUGGAGUCCGUUACAUACAAAAACGUCAAGUUCAACGUUUGGGAUGUUGGAGGACAAGACAAGAUCCGUAACUUGUGGCGACACUAUUACACUGGUACUCAAGGUUUGAUUUUCGUGGUGGAUUCACAGGACCGUGAUCGCAUCGAUGAAGCACGCCAGGAACUACAACGCAUCAUCUCUGAUCGUGAAAUGAAAGAAUGCUUGUUGUUGGUAUUUGCAAACAAACAGGAUUUGCCUGGAGCCAUGUCCCCUGCUGAAGUGACAGAAAAGCUUGGAUUGCACAAGAUGCGUGAUCGCGCAUGGUAUGUCCAUCCUUCCUGUGCCACCACCGGCGAUGGUUUAUUCGAGGGUUUGAACUGGUUGAGUCAAAACGUCAAGACCAAAUAA